AGUGUUGCGGACCGGACGUGUUUCAGCAUUAAAAGCAAAUGCCCCCUUUAGAAAAAAGAAAUAAUUGCUAAAAAAUAUCUACUUUAUUGAGAAACAAAAUAGUCCUUAAGUAUCCUGUUUCAGUGACGGAAGUGUAUCCGGUUUAGUAAAUACGAUACGAAGGAAAAAAGUUCAAUAAAAGAGAUAUAAGGCAACCGGCAUUCCAGUUAGCAUGCACAACUGAUCAAAGAAAUUAACGGAAAAAGAGUGCAAAGAAGUGAUUGAAAUUGAAAAUAUAGCAUUUGCAUUAUCCUUGCUACUAAAGUCAAAUAAAUAAAUGCAAAUGCUGUUUAUGGUGUAAAAAAGAAAAACAAAAAAUUAAUAAUGGGGUUGGAAUUCUUUUUUAAAUUUGGCUAUGCCUUCCUCAUCAUAACACUAAUGAUAAUGAUAUGGAUGUCCUUGGCGCGUGCCUCCAUGCAUAUGUAUGAAAUGGAUGAUACACGCUACCCACCAUGCACACAGAACGCGCUAUGCACAUGCUCGAAAUCGGCGCCAGACUUGGGCAUAGUGCAUUGUAAGAAUAUACCAUUUCCAGCGCUGCCAAAAAUGGUGAAUGAAUCGAAGGUCUUUUCGUUGCAUAUGGAAAAUACGGGUUUACGUGAAAUUGAAUCCUACUUCCUACAAUCGACAGGCAUGUAUCGUUUGAAAAUAUCUGGUAAUCAUCUGACGGAAAUACCCGAUGAUGCUUUUACGGGGUUAGAACGUUCGCUAUGGGAGUUACUCUUGCCACAAAACGAUCUCGUAGAGAUACCAUCGAAAGCAAUACGUCAUCUGCAGAAAUUGCGUCAUCUCGAUUUGGGUAAUAAUCAUAUAACACAUGUGCAACAUGACUCCUUUCGUGGUCUGGAGGACUCACUACAAUGGCUGAUUUUACGCGACAACUGUAUAUCUAUGCUAAUGGCGCAUAGCUUUUCGGGUCUACUUAUUUUAGAAACAUUGGAUUUGAGUGGCAACAAUUUAUUUGAAAUUGAUCCUAAUGUCUUUGUGGAUGGUAUGCCGCGUUUGACCAAGCUCUUGCUAACCGAUAAUAUACUCUCCGAGAUACCAUAUGAUGCGCUUGGACCAUUGAAGAGCUUACGUACCUUGGACAUAUCACACAAUGUGAUAUGGUCCUUGAGUGGGAAUGACACGUACGAUAUUAAAUCCGCCACAAAGCUUAAUUUGGACAAUUUACAUUUGGAAUAUAACCAUAUUGAUAUGUUGCCACCAAAUUCGUUUAAGAAUUUUGAUAUUGUGAAUAGGACCUUCUUCGAUGGUAAUCCCAUACAUACGCUAAGGGAGGACGCCUUUAAGUCGGCUAAAAUACGUGAAAUCUAUAUGCGUUAUUGUGGCCUAACCAACAUCUCACCGCUGGCGUUCGAUAGUCUGGUCAAUAGCCUGCAAAUAUUGGAUUUGUCGGGCAACAAUUUAACGCAUUUGCAUCACAAAUUAUUCAACAAUUUCGAUGUGUUAAGAGUUAUAAGUCUGCGCGAUAAUAAAAUCAAGAUUGAACAACCACUGGAGACUUUCAACGCCAUGCAGUAUACCUUGCUUAAAUUGGACUUAAGUGGCGAUAUGAACGAUCCGACAAAUCUACAAACACUACGCAAUAUGACCAGAAUGCGGAAUAUGCGCUCGUUGUCAAUGUCGCGCAUGGGUAGUGCAACCACUAUAGGGCCGGAUGACUUCAAGGAUUUCGGUGUUGAGUUAGAGGAUUUACAAAUAACACGUGCCACACUCGGCACUAUACAAUCGCAUGCCUUCAAACAUGUACGUGGGCUAAAGCAUUUAGAUUUUAGCGAGAAUGGCAUACAAACAAUCGAGAACGAUGCUUUUCAUGAGAUUGGCCACUCUUUGAUUUCCCUAAAAAUUUCGCAUGGAUUCACGGGCGCAGCGCUACCCGCCGAUCCCUUGCGGCAUUUGACUUCUCUACAAGAGUUGGACUUCAGUAAUAAUAAAAUCACAAGUAUGAGUGAUACAAGUUUUCAUUUUUUGAAAAAUCUACGUCUGCUGGAGCUGCAUGAUAAUCGCAUCGAGCAGGUCAUGAAGGGCACAUUUCAGGGCGAUAUUCAUUCGAAAUUAGAAGAGAUAUCUUUGCGGUUUAAUCAUCUAACACAAAUUUCGCAACACACUUUCUUUGACUUAGAGGCGUUGCGUAAACUACAUUUGGAUGAUAAUAAGAUUGAGCGUGUAGAGAGAAGAGCAUUUAUGAAUUUGGAUGAACUAGAGCAUCUCAGUUUGCGCGGCAAUAAACUCAAUAAUUUGGCCGACGAAUCAUUUCAGAAUUUGCCAAAGUUGGAGACGCUCGAUAUGGCUUUCAACAAUUUGCCGAAUUUCAACUUUGAUUAUUUUGAUCAAGUUGGCACCUUAUCGACUUUGAAUGUAAAUGUGAGUCACAAUCAAAUCACCAUGUUGAUGUACAAUAGCUCCUGGGCGGGUCGAAGUGAUCAUGGUUCCAUGCAUCAUUCCAAUAUUAAACUACUUGAUUUAUCACACAAUAACAUCUCAAUAAUCCAUCCGGGCUAUUUUCGUCCAGCGGAAAUUUCCCUAACCCACCUAUACAUGGGUUAUAAUUCAUUGAUGAAUGCCACACGUGAUGUGUUCGGUAAUAUGCCGCAUUUACAAUGGCUGGAUCUGUCCUACAAUCGUAUACGGGAGCUUGAUUUUGAUGCAUUCAAAAAUACUAAACAACUGCAGCUCAUUUAUCUGGAUCAUAAUUACUUAACAGACAUACCGCAGGAUAUUUUCAAGCCGAUUUACGCUUUGCGUGUAGUCGAUAUGUCACAUAAUCAUUUGCGUGGCUUACCUGAUAAUCUCUUCUAUAAUGGCGGCAUGGAGAAAAUGGACGUAUCGCACAAUAUGCUGCUCAAAAUACCCUCGUCAUCGCUUUCCAGUUUGGCCGCUUUGACACUCUGCGAGCUGCAUUUGUCGAACAAUUUCAUUUCGACCAUACACAGUAUGGACUUGUCAAAUAAGUUUAGAUCGCUUCGCUACUUGGAUAUCUCUUAUAAUUAUUUGCUGAGGAUAGACGAUGCAGUUUUUGCCACCAUGCCACGACUCGCAGCGCUCGAUCUAUCUCACAAUCGUGAUCUGAAAGUGAUGGAUAAAUCGUUUAUGGGUCUAGAGAAUUCGCUAAUUAAAUUGGGCAUGGAAAAUGUUUCUCUGAGCACGAUUCCUGAAAUACGCUUGAAAUACUUGCGUGAGCUGCGUUUAGGCUACAAUGAAUUGCCAUCGAUACCGCAGGAGUUAGCUUUUAAUAUGAGUAAUCUACGUAUGUUAGAUUUAUCCAAUAAUGACUUGACAAAUGUGCCGCUAAUGACACAAUCACUGCCUCAUUUAAGGAAAUUGAUGCUCUCAGGUAACCCCAUUACCUCUCUGAAUAACAAUAGUUUUGAUGGCGUCAACGAGGACUUGGAAAUGUUGGAUAUAUCUAAUUUCCGUUUGCACUAUUUCGAAUAUGGCUGUUUGGAUUCCUUACCCCAUCUGCGUUCGCUUAAAUUGACUGCUUACUCACAUUUGGAGCACUUCAAUAUACCCCACUUACUGCGUCAUCAUCAUAAUAUACGGGAAUUGUGGAUUGAAGCACCACAACCUUUCACGAGAAUCAUAAAGAAAGGCUCGGGACCAAAUCAGGAUAUACAACAAGUGCAGAUGGGUCAACCAACGGAUUUGGCGCGUGAGAUGGAGGGCCAUCUACCUUCCAAGUUGACGAAUAUCACUUUCAGCGGUCCACAGUUUAGUAGUUUGAGCGAGAGAAUAUUGAAGGGCAUGCGAUCGCCAUACUUGUAUAUGCAGCUCUUCAAUACAACCCUGAAAGAGAUACCUACAAAUUUCUUCAAAAAUAUGGGACGCGUUCGUAACAUAUCGCUCGAUAUUCGCUAUAAUAAUCGUAUGCUGAAGAAAAUACCAAAUCCAAACACGGGAAAUGUACCUUUCUUGGCAAAUAGCGUUUUUCUCACCGAUCUCAAAAUGUCCGAUACAGAUUUGAAUUGUGAUUGCGAUUUAGGCUGGGUUGAGUUUUGGCAACGAAAACGGCGUCAGUACAUUUGCUCCUCGCAAACGUGGACAGAUGCUGUGUUCCGAACCUUUAUGAACUCACCAUGCCAAGUGUAUGGACGCCACAAUUGUGAUGAUCAUGAUGAUGAUCUGCGUGAGACACGAUGUGAUAAUAAAGGCGGACAACAGUUAAUGGAGGCACUCAAAUUCGAUUUGGAAUGCGGUUGGGACAAUGCUGGUUGCCGCGAAACAUUCAUUCUACUCAUAACUGCCUUAUUGAUGAUUGUGUUUUGGAUGUGACUGCUAAGAUGCGCAUUCAAAGUGUCGGCUGAUUUUUACAAAACCCUCGAGAAGGUGUACGGAGAUUGUCCGUUAUAAAGAGAAAUUUUUACGAAAUGUCAAGCAAAGCGAUAUAAACAACAAUGUAUGAAAGACAAAGCAGAGUGAGAGAUGGAAAAAGAAUUAAGAGAGUAAAUAGUAAAAAGUGUGCUGAAAUACUUACAUAUAUACUACCAAAAAAAAAAAUGAUGCCACCAAACUCUAACGACCCAAAGUAAUGAGGAAGAAGAAGAAUUCCUGGAGCUCCGCUGAAUUUGGUUUUGUAGCGAUUUUUUUUUAGAAAUAUUGUAUUUGAAUGUUUGUUUUGUAGUUCAACCGAUAAUUGGAUGUGCUGGAUAAUUAUUUGAUUGGAAUUUGGGAAUUUUAUAUUGACUUUUUUAUUAAUUAAUUAAUUUUUUUUUAAUAAUUGAAUUAAAAAUUCUUAUAAAAUCACCAUUUAAAGCACGAACGCAAAUUGACACUCAAACAUAAAUUUAUCUAUUAAGCACGCACUGAUUUGUGUGAAUCCACACAAACCUCUUAAACCACUUAAUCCUUGAAUAAUGGAAAUUCACACACACACACGACAUACGUUUUAGUAAUACAAUUAUACAUAGUACAUACGUGUACAUAAUACAUAUGUAUAUGUAAUUUUGUUUUCAUAAAGCGAGCGUCCUUGUUUCUAUCGCUUCAGUACUCCUAAUGAAAGUCAAUGUUCUAUGCUGCUUUUUGCUUAAAUAAUUUUAAUACCAUUAUUUGUAAAUUUUUUCGUAUUUAUAAUAAAUAUAUUAAGUAAAAAAAAUAAAA